AGGGUUAAGAUAUUGAUUUCUAUGGCGGUUUGCAAUUACUAGCCACGUCUCACCUCAGUUUGGUGGCCCCGCAUCGGCCCACUCGGCCGCUCUAAAAUUGACUUACGGAGGAGGAUGGUGGCUUUUAUUUUAGCUUCUCCGCCGACUGCGGGGAGCGCCGUCGCCGAGAUAAUUCAAAUUUUGAUGGUCAAAUUUUUACUUAAGGGACUGCAUAUGACAAGGGUUGGUGAUGGACCAUGACAGUUUGAUUCAGUUGUUACCACAGCUCCUGAAUAAGGGGGCUGUGAAACCUGCAUCAAGUGAUCCUAAACACACACAACAGUCAAACAACUGGUAUGAAGAGCAGGCCAGUUCUGACCGAACCUCAAACCAGACUCAGUCUGAUACAGACCAGUCAUCGGAGACCGCCAGCUCAGAUGAAGACGAAUCCGAGGAAAGUGAACAACAGGCGAAGCAGCAAGAGAGACUUUCUCCCAAGCCUGUUGAUUUGGAUGAAAUUGAAAAGUUCCUGGAUGGUAUUUCGAGGACCGCCACGCCAAGGCUCACUCAGGGGCGGCCCCGCGACAUGGCGCAUAUCCUGCGCGAGGUCGACGAGCUGGGAAGGCGCACUCUCUCCUCCAGCUCCCUACCGGACCGCGAUGGGGCGGGUCGACCGCCUCCUAGUCCGCGCCGGCCGCCGGAGGCAUGCAGUCCGGCCACCCCCGUCCCCGCCUCCGGGGCCGCCUCAGAGUCCGCGCUGCUGAAGGAAGGGGAGUCGGCAAACCGACGUGUGCGUUUCUCUCGAACGCAAAAGGCUGUCGAUAGGGACGAACCAACAUCACUGGUGGCACGCAGCGGCGGCGGCGGAAAGCUCAGCGUGUCUGAGCCGGCGCUAGGCUACACUCUGCAGAGUUUGAUGUCGGAGGAAAGGAAGAAGUAUCUGAAUCUCACAGCUGAUAUGAUCUUGUUAAAACAGAGCAGCUUGGAAAGUGAGAUACAAAUGAAGACACAAUGGGAAGAACACGUACGAGAUCUCAUGGCGGAGAAUUCCUCGUUAAAGUUGCAACUUGAGGAGCUCCGCUCGCGACCGUCGCCGGACCUUCGUGGCAGUCUGAGCGAGCGUUCGCGAGUGAAGAACCUCGAACACCGAGUGGAGGAGCAGAACCGACUGCUGGACGGCUUCAACGCCGAGAACGCCCGGCUGUAUCGCGAGCUCAAGCAGCUGAAGACAGAGCGCGCAGACCUGGAGACCGUGGUGGACGACCUGCAGUGUGAGCAGCGGCUGCUGCGGGCGCAGCUGCAGGCGGCGCAGCGGGCGGCACCUGCCGCCGCGCCGGUUGCCGGAGAACAGCGACACCAAGAGCAGCAGCUGCGCCGGCGCGAACUCGAGCUGGAACACCGCUGGCAGGAGGUGCAGCGUGCCGGCAACGAGGUGGCGCGUCUGCACGAGCUGGUCGCGCAACGCCAGGCUGCUCCGUGCGCCCGCUGCAGCAGCACGGUCACCGCCGGUGCUCCCAGACAGAGUGAGCGCACGGCUCGUCCUCAAGUGGCGACCGUCUCCUGUCAGACAGUCGCUCCCGCUUCGCCGACGCGCUCCCCCGCCGUCUCCCCAGCGCGCCCUCCGACCCGCUCCCCAGAGCACGUGGCAGCUGCAGCCACCGCAGAGCUCCGCUCGCUGCGCGCGGCGCUGGUCCAGGCGGAACAGCGUCUGGACCAGGAGAUUCAGGCGGCCUCCAUUCGCGAGGCUGACCUCCGGCGGGCCUGCGAUGCCAAGGUUCGCGCUGCGGAGGGUCGUCUGCGGCGGCUGCAGGCGUCCAGCUCACCGAGCCGACCCGACCCGGAGCUGAUGGCGGCUCUGCGCCGACUGAAGGCACAGCUGGCUGACAAGGAGCGCGCGCUGACGCAGAGCCGCCGUCAGCUGGAGAAGAGCCAGCGCACGGUGACCGGCCUGCAGCGCGAGCGGGAGAAGCUGCUGGUGUCGGUCGCGGCGGCUCGCAGCCCGGCCGAGCCGCGCUCGCGGAGAGGCAGCCCCAGCCGUUCACAGCGGGCCAGUCCGUCUCGGCGAGCCUCUGUGGCCUCUGCCGCGGCGGAGGCCCGCUGUGUGGACGAGACGCUGCUGUCUGAGCUGCAGACCGCCAUCGCCGCCGUGGAGGAGGAGAACGUGCACCUGAAGGACCAGCUGGGUCAGAUGAAGGUCUACAUGGAGGAGGAGGUGAGCCGGCGCGACUGCCAGAUCGCGGCUCUGCGGAGAGAGAACGAUGAGCUGCGCGCCAAGCUCGCUGUCCUGCCGUCGCCGUCACCGUCCGCCGCCGUGUCGGAAGAAGACGCCGUCCUCUCCGCCAGGAAGGAUUCGCUGAUGCUCGAGAUGGGCUCGCACAUGGAGGCGCAGGAACAUGUGAUUGUCCACCUGCGGGAGACGAUUCGACGAUUUCAGGAGCAGACGCGACUCAUUGCUGGAUUGGAGGAGGAAAAUCGCGCCCUGCGGGGGACGAUAGAGACUCUCAACUGGCGCACGGACUCGGCCGGCGGCCGGCAGUUGAGUCCGGACGCGGCGCAGGACUCGAACCGCACCUGGGCGAGUUGAUGGACGCGAGACUGCGUGUGGCGGCUGAGGCAUUACCUGCUGUUUGACAGUGUCUUCGAUGGCUGCAAUGUUACCUGAUGUGGUAGGUAUUUCGACAGUGCGAGAGUUGAACUCGCGAUUAGUUUCGUGGUAACUACCUUUGAUAGAUGACUGAUAGAGGAUAGAUAGAUGAUAGAUGCUGCGGUGAUGCGAGAAACACGAACGAAUAUCAUCAUAGCGACACUAGUGAGUUUAGGAUUUCACGACACCUAGCAUCUGUUCAACAGGUGCAUUGAUCUGAUCGCUAUCCAGUACAAAUUGCAACGCAUGCUUCCAAAGUGUUUUGUUAUAUGUGACUGACAUUGUUCAUGUUGAACCGCGUGUCAUAAAUAUGAAAUAUAUUUAAAUUUGACUA